AUGGCCGACACGGCACUUCCCAAGGCCAUGGCCGACCUUGCCGUUUCCAAGACAAAGGAGCUCAAGGGUACCGAGAAGCGUGAUAGCCUUGUCGAGAUCGAGAAGAAGUACCAGGCCAAGUGGCAGGAGGAUGGAGUCUUCCAGGCCGAGGCCCCCUCGAUCGACGAGUACCCCCUCGACUCCAUCAGUGCGGAGGAUCUACGCGAGAAGAUCCCCAAAUUCUUCGGCACCAUCGCCUAUCCUUACAUGAACGGCCGUCUCCACGCGGGCCACGCCUUCAGCUUCAGCAAGAUCGAGUUCCAUGCUGGGUUUGCCCGCAUGCAGGGGAAGCGAACCUUGUUCCCCCUGGGUUACCACUGCACCGGUCUGCCCAUCAAGGCCUCUGCCGACAAGCUGGUCAAGGAGGUCGAGCUCUUCGGAAAGAACUUCGAGCGCUACAAGGAGGAAGAGGAAGUUGCUGAGCCGGCUCCCGCGGCCCCGGCGGCCAAGGGCCCUAAGGAAGAUCUGACCAAGUUCAACGCCAAGAAGGGCAAGGCCGCCGCGAAGACGGUCAAGGCCAAGUACCAAUGGCAGAUCUUGAACUCGGUCGGCAUCCCCCUCGAGGAGAUUCACCAAUUCGCCGACCCGCAGUACUGGCUCAAGUACUUCCCCCCGGAGUGCAAGAAGGACCUGACCAACUUUGGUGCCCGCAUUGAUUGGCGCCGUCAGUUCGUCACCACCGACGCGAAUCCGUACUACGAUGCCUUUGUACGCUGGCAAAUGAACAGACUGAAGGAGUUGGAGAAGAUUAAGUUUGGCAAGCGGUAUACGAUCUACUCUAUCAAGGAUGGCCAGCCCUGCAUGGACCACGACCGCAGUGAGGGUGAGGGUGUCUUGCCCCAAGAGUACACAGCUUUGAAGCUCAAGGUUAUCGAGUGGGCACCACAAGCAGCCGAGGCGAUCAAGGGCAAGGUCCCCGAGGGCGCGUCUGUGUAUCUCUGCCCGGCAACUCUGCGGCCGGAGACGAUGUACGGUCAGGUGUGCUGCUUUGUUGGGCCAAGCCUGACGUAUGGUGUGUUCCGGGCCUCCGAAAACGAGUACUUUGUCAUCACCGACCGGGCAGCGAGGAAUAUGGCUUACCAGGGCAUCUUUGAGAAGGAUGGUGUGCCGGAAAAGGCGGCGGAUAUCCAGGGUUCCGACCUCAUCGGCACUCUCGUCAACGCCCCUCUCAGCUUCCAUCCCCAGGUCCGCGUGCUCCCCAUGGAGUCUGUCCUGGCUACCAAGGGCACUGGUGUUGUCACAUCUGUCCCCUCUGACUCCCCUGAUGACUUCGCUAUGGUGACUGAGCUCGCCAAGAAGGCCGACUUUUACGGCAUCAAGAAGGAGUGGGCCGAGUUGGAGAUCCACCCUAUCAUUCAAACACCAACGUCCGACCUCUUGGCUCCUUAUCUCGUCAAGAAGCUCAAAAUUGCCUCGCCAAAGGAUGCCAAGCAGCUCCUGGAGGCUAAGGAACUUGCGUACAAGGAGGGCUUCUACCAGGGUGUCAUGAAGGUCGGCGAGUUCAAGGGUGAAAAGGUCGAGGUUGCCAAGCCCAAGGUCCGGGAGCAGCUUAUCCAGAAGGGAGAGGCGUUUGCCUACUCUGAGCCCGAGAACAAGGUUGUGUCGCGGUCUGGCGAUGAGUGCACCGUCGCUCUCCUCGAUCAGUGGUACCUCGACUAUGGCGAGGAGAAAUGGCGUCAUAUCGCUUUCGACUACGUCGAGAAUAAGGACGGUAAGGGUCUGGAGACUUACUCGCCGGAUACCCAACACGCGUUCAAGGGAGUGCUCGACUGGCUCAGGCAAUGGGCCUGCGCGCGGACAUACGGUCUCGGCUCCAAGCUCCCGUGGGAUCACAGCUUCCUAGUCGAGAGUCUGAGUGAUUCGACAAUCUACAUGGCCUACUACACCCUCGUGCCAUGGCUCCACACUGACUUAUUCGGUCGGGAAAAGGGCAAGGGCAACAUCGGGCCCGAGCAGCUGAUUGACGAGGUGUGGGACUACAUCUUCUGCAGGGAGAACUUCUCGGAUGAGCUGGUGUCUAAGUCGGGUAUCCCUAAGGAGACCCUCGAGGGCAUGAGGAGAGACUUCCAGUACUUCUACCCGCUGGAUAUUCGUGUCAGCGGCAAGGAUCUGAUCCCUAACCAUCUGUCUUUCUGCCUGUACAACCACAUCGCUCUCUUCCCCCGCGAGUACUGGCCACGGUCGAUCCGUGCCAACGGCCAUCUGCAGCUGAACGGCGAGAAGAUGAGCAAGUCGACGGGCAACUUCAUGACCCUAGACGAUGUUGUCAAGAAGUACGGUGCCGACGCCGCGCGCGUGGCCCUUGCCGAUGCCGGUGACGGAAUUUCAGACUCCAACUUCGUCGAGGACGUAGCCGACAACACUAUUCUCCGUUUCUACACAAACAAGGAGUGGAUCGAGGAGAACAUCAAGGACGACAAGCUCCGCACCGGCCCGCUCAACGACUUCCAAGACAUCCUCUUCGACAACGAGAUGAACGCUCUCGUCCACGAAGCGAGGAAACACUACGAAGAAACCUCGUACAAGCUCGCCCUCAAGGCCGCGCACUACGACUUCCUCAACGCCCGUGAUACCUACCGCGAGGCCUGCAACGCAGCCGGCAUCCCGCUGCACAACGACCUCGUACAAAAGUACAUCCGCCUGCAGGCCCUGAUCCUCACACCCAUCGCGCCGCACUGGGCCGAGCACGUCUGGCUCGAGAUCCUCCACGAGCCCAAGUCCAUCCAAUUCGCCGCUUGGCCCACCGUCCCACCCGCCGACCCAGCCCUGACCGCAGCGCGCGAAUACGUCCGCCAGACCUCAUCCAACAUCAACUCCGCCGAGGCCGCACAGCUCAAGAAAAUGGCCAAGGGCCGGCAGAGCGACUUCGACCCCAAGAAGCCCAAGAAGCUGACGGUGUUCACGACAGCUGAUUUCCCGACCUGGCAGGCCAAGUACAUCGAGCUGCUCAAGGAGGUCUGGGACGCCGAUGCCAACACGCAGCGGGUCGACGACAAGACGCUGAACGGCCGGAUUGCCAAGAUGGGCGAGAUGAAGAAGGCUAUGCCGUUUGUGCAGGCGCUGAAGAAGCGGCUGCGGGAUGGUGAACCGGCGGCUGCUGUGCUGGAGCGCAAGUUGGCGUUUAAUGAGGCUAAGACGCUUUUGGCCAUGGUCCCCGGCCUGAAGCGCGCAGCUGGGCUAGAGUCGGUACAGAUUCUUGCCGUCGAGGAGGGCAGCAAGCAAGGCAAGGACCUGACGAAUAAUGGUGCCGAGGUGGAGAUCAAGGCGCCUGUUGCCGAGUCUGCGCUGCCGGGGCAGCCAAGUUUCUUCUUUGAGAAUGUGUAG